AUGUUUCGGAGCCCUUUAUAUGUCAGCCAUUUAUCUGAAUUUCUAUUUUCUCCUGUACCUAACAACAUUCUUGAUGUAAUAGAUGAGAUAGCAUUUAUUCGCUCUAUACUGGGAUUCAUCCUCUUCAGCACGUCAUACUGCAUUGUAAAUACUGGCAUAUAUUAUACUUUUGUAAGGCCGAUACGUCGGGAGGAACGAGAGCAAUUAGAACGAGAACUUAUUGAAGCUGAUCGAGCAGGAUUUGCUUUGAACAAUUUCUUUCCUUACACAUAUGUAUUGGUAAUUGCCAUCAAUUUCUCAAUCACCGACUGCUGUAGCUUUUCUCAGGGUUUCUUAACUCCUUCUAUCGAUGAAGCAACCACCUUUUUGCAGAUGAACCUUCCUCGUUUUAUAAGCACUUUGUCUUCACGAUGGGAAGGCAUAUUUCUUAUGGGUGUCGCCGCCGGCGCAGGCUUUGAACUCUUCAAGAUAUACUUCUCGUUUAGAGGUAUGGUCUGCUCAGUCUCUGUAUCUAUCUUUGUUCUUUCAGAGUAGUU